CCCGCAAAAUUAUUUUAGUUGAUUUGCGCGCUUCACAGCGAAUGAGUUUGACGCCGUCUAUCGGCAGACGGUCUCAGUUCAUUGCAAAUGGGCACGCGUAAAACCUCUACUACGUCGAAGAAAGGAGAUCAAAAAUAGAUUUAAAGCUAGCAAAACGAUUUUAGUAAAUGAAAAUAAACACAGUGCAAAUAAAAUUUGUAUCGAAAUUUGGAAAGUGUGAAAUUAGUGCAAAUAAACAAAAACCAAAAUUAAUUAUUUAAUAAAAAAAAGUGUACAACAAUAACAAUAAGUAAACAAAUGCGCAAUGAUUUUCGCAACACCUUUAAUAAAGCACAUGUACUUGUGCGCCAACACGCUCUGCUUAAUCGUCGGUCUGAUUAUGGUGCUAUUGUGUGCGCUCUUCAUGGACUCCGUACAGAAUUUGCAUUUGAUUUAUUGUAUACUUGGCAUAAUGGCGGGACUCCUAACGGCUCUGAACUCUGUGGUUGGCUAUCGGGCCAUAAAGCCACCGAAGGCUGCAUUGAUGUGCUUUUAUAUUUCUUUUAAGUAUUGUGCCUUGGUUACAAUUAUAUUCGUCACACAAAUGUAUAUCGUAACGCAUUUCGAAGCGACGAGCAUAAUCACGACCACAGUCGAAGCCGUAGAGUUGCUGUGGGAAAAAGAAUUGGUGAAAGAAGGUCCAAUGGCUGAUAUCGAAAGUCGGUUUCAUUGCUGCGGCCUGCAUAAUUCUAGUGACUACACUUCUAUAAAUUUACCACUACCUGCUAGUUGCUUUUAUGACGAGAAUGACGCCUGGGUCCACUAUAAUGAAGGCUGUUUAGAGAAGGUGCAAUUUGCCGCUGGAAGAGCGAGCAAUGCGUUAUCUUACGCUGGCUAUACACUGGCUGUAGCGCAGCUGCUGGCUUUGAUAUUUGCAUUCGUAUUGAUAUUAAUUUACCAUCGAGCUGGAGAUUAUGAAACCUUAUAGUAUAUACAAACAUACCCAUCUAUGCAACAUCCUUUUUUAAGUAGUCAAACAAAUUUUUUUUUAUUAAAAAUUGUUUAUGUACAAUUCUAGUAUACAUAUUUACAAUAUAAUAUUUUGAUACUAAAUUGUAAUAAAUUCAAAUGAAGAUGGGUGAAAAUAGUCGCGUGUUGUGAUUUUACAAACAUAUUUUAACAAAAACAGUUUAUUCAUGCUUAUAUUAUGUACUAUAUAUGUUUAUACAACAUAUCUACAAUUAAUUUAAGAUAACCUAUAAUUUGUUGGUACUAGUAUAUAUGUAUGUAUAACAGUAUUUUCGAAUUUUUAUAUAAUACACAUAAUUUAAAUAGAAAAAAA